AUGGAGACCCUUGUCUCGAGCUGGUUUAAAGAUCAGUCCUUGCCUGAAAACUAUGUGUUCCCACCGGAAACAAGACCCGGGGAGGCUAUUGUUCCUGUAAGCAAGAACAUUCCAAUUAUUGAUCUUGGAAAGUCAGUGGUGGGUCAUGAUCAUCGAAACAACACAGUUCAACAAAUUCUCAAUGCUGCUCAGAAGUUUGGAUUCUUUCAGGUGAACAACCAUGGAGUUUCGGAGAGGCAAAAUGUUUACUCUAAGGAUCCUAGGAAAGGCUGCUCACUCUACACAAGUAGCUAUAACUAUGACAAUGAAGAGAUUCACUUUUGGCGAGACAAUUUGAGACACCCUUCCCAUCCUCUAGAUGAAGUCAUCCACCUGUGGCCAGAAAAGCCUACCAGAUAUCGAGAUGUUGUUGGGACAUAUUCAGUUGAAGUUAGAAACUUGUCAUUGAGGAUUUUGGACCUGAUUUGCGAAGGAUUAGGACUUCAACCGGGGUAUUUUGGAGAUGAAUUCACCAAUGUACAACUUCUGUCAGUCAAUCACUACCCUCCUUGUCCCAACCCGAGUUUGACGUUGGGAUUAUCUAAACACUCUGAUCCUAAUCUUAUAACCAUUCUCCUUCAAGGGGAAGUGAAUGGGCUGCAAGUUUUUAAGGACGGUCAGUGGAUUGGUGUUGAGCCUCUUCCCAGUGCAUUUGUGGACAAUAUUGGUUACCAAUUUCAGCAGAAUUAUAGAACCAGCAAAGCUCUGGUGAAUGAAUGCAAACCCCCGCUUUAUAGGGCCUUCCGAUAUGGAGAGUUUCUCAACACCUACAAAGCAGUGAAAGGUGAUACUGAAGCUGCAUUGAAGCCUUAUAAGCUUGACUAA